AUGGAUCUGUCCUCGGCCUCCGCACCCAGCUCCGUCAUCACGGGUUAUAACACCAGGUGGUCUAAACCCCGAGGAGUCAGCGUCCCACGCUUUCUGCAGUACAUCACUCGGAUUGCCAAGUCAUCGACACUCUACGAGGAUCGUAUGGAAGCUGGUUUCCACAAAUUUCCCGGGACUCGAUCACACCUGCGGAUUGGUGAAGGUGCGACUACCCAAAGUACCACGUAUCAACCAGAGAUGAUGUUUUAUGGAUUCACAAUCCCAAUAUAUACAAGGCCUGGCCUCUCAGACGAGGAAAGGUACCUUGAAGGAUCGAUUAAGGGGUUUCUGCUCGAUGAAAUGAUUGCUAUGGCUGAUAAUCAUAACCAUCCGAAUAUGAAAGAAUCGCUACAAUCGUACAAGCAAAAGGACCGAGACCAAAACCUUCGAUACGCUCAUUUCUUAGUCUAUCAUAAGGUAGCAUCGAAACUUCAGCAUGAUCACAGAUGUGAGAAAACCAACUGUCUAGGCCAUAUGCACUUUGAUCCGGAGGAUGAAGAAGUUAUUGACUGCGCGACAACACUCAGAAGUGGUAAAUACAAAUGCAACUCCGAUGCGAACCUAUGGGACGAGGACCCUGUAAAUAGUGAAGUGAUAAAUGAGAUCUUAUCACAAGAACCUGCGAUAGGAAAUUACAGGAUAUUCGAUCCGGAUUACGGAAGAUCUCUUAUCGAGAGAUCAGUUCAUCUCUAUCGACCUGAUUUGGACCCAGAGGGUCAAGAGCAUUAUGAUGACGAGAGUGACAGUGUCAGAGAGGAAGAUCCGAACGAGAUGGAGGUCUCAAAGAGAUGGUUUGCGAAUUACAAAAAGAUCGUUUACCCUUUUGACGCACACGCAUGUUGUGAACAUACUCAUCAAGCAUAG